AUGCAUUCAACCGAUGGCACCCAGGUCACGGUCUCGACGGUGCCCGAGCACGCGCGGGGACCGGACUACGAGCUUGGAGCAAUUGAAGCGCCGAUCGAAUAUGCCGAGGACUUAUCGGACUAUCCCGAAGGAGGACGACACGCUUGGUUGGUGGUGUUUGGCGUAUGGUGCGCGCUCUUUCCGACCUUUGCGAUGAUGAACAUCACCGGAAUUCUGCAAGAAUGGCUAGAAGACAACCAGUUGAAGGAACACUCCACGGCCAAAGUAUCGUGGAUCUUUAGCCUAUACAACUGUCUGUUUUGGCUCGGCGGUAUCCAAGUGGGUGCGAAUGCCAAUCCAAUCCAGUAUUACCAAUUUAUACUUGGCUUUAGUAUCCUGGGUGGGCUUUCCUCGUCAGCUAUCUUGACCCCAAGCCUCGGAACGAUCAACCACUGGUAUCUCAAGCGCCGAGGAUUCGCCACAGGGAUAGCAACAACCUCCGGCGGCAUUGGAAGCAUCCUGUUUUCCGCUUUGAUGGGCGAACUGCUCAAGAAGAUCGGGUUUCCGUGGACGAUACGAGUCCUCGGAUUCAUUUCCAUCCUGUUCUUUGCCAUCGGCCUGGUUCUUGUUCGAACCCGACUUCCUCCUAACAAGACUUCCGGUAGCACGAUAGAUGUGCGAUGUCUCCGGGAACCAGUCUUCACGGUAGCCUCUGUUGCGGUCAGCUUCGCGGAGGUGGGUAUGAUGGUCGUGAUCACCUAUCUUCCAUCCUAUGCUUCCUCCCACGGGGUCACCGGUUCCCUGUCGUACAAUCUCAUGUCCAUCUUCAGCGCCACGCUGAUCUUCGGCCGAAUCAUUCCGGGACUGGUAGCCGACCACUGGGGCCGCUACAACGUCAUGAUCGUCACCGGCAGUGUGUGCAUGCUCUUGGUCCUUGCAUUGUGGAUGAAAGCAGGAGAGGACACCGCCGCGAUCGUGACUUUUGCGGCGUUGUUUGGGUUCUGGAGCAGUCCGGCAGUAGGAUUGUCGCCGGUGUGUAUAGCGCAGAUCUCGCGGACCGAGGAUUAUGGGAAACGGUACGGAACGACGACGGCGAUCUUCGGUCUGGCGAUCUUGGUGUCCAUUCCCGUUGCGGGGGAGAUUUUGGGGGCGCAGAACCCUGGGAUGUCAGGAGAGGAAACUGAUUAUUCGGGUCUGGUAAUAUUCUGUGGAGCUGCGUAUGCCACGUCGACUGUGCUUUUGGUCGUGACUAAAAUCAUCAGCGUGGGUUGGAGCAUUACUAGAGUAUUCUGA